AUUCGUUGAGUGAGAUAUGAGUAAUCCGGUAUAAUGUAAACUAUCGUUAUUCUUAACUCUAAUCGUAAAAUCAAGUUUGAUAGCAGUUGACUUCCCAGUAUGAAUUAAUCUACCAGUUGCAGACGACAAUUUUUCAGUUAAACAUUAAAGAUGAAAAAGUCGGAAAAUAAUAACUAUUUGAAGUUUAAUAGAAAUUUAGGAACUCUUCAAAAGGAGAAAGUAGUUAUAAAAGAUAAUUUGAACAUUGAAAUAAUUUUGAAGUAUUUAAUCCCCGCAGCAUUGGCAUUUAUUUGUUAUAUAAACGGACUUAACGGAGAUUUUGUGCACGAUGAUAUUUUUGCUAUUAAAAAGAACCCAGACGUGCACGGGAAAACGGAGCUCUGGAAUCUAUUGAAGAAUGAUUUCUGGGGUAAAUCUAUAUCUAGCACGACGAGUCAUAAAUCUUAUAGACCUCUAACUGUGUUCACCUUUAGACUAAACUACAUUUUAGCCGGUCUUGACCCAUUCUUUUAUCACGUGAUAAACGUCACGUUGCACGUGAUAGUGACGACGUUGUUUGUGUACACAUGCAAAAAUAUUCUUGGACAACGAACAAGAGAUGCUGUUUUAGCUGGUAGUUUGUUCGCCGUGCAUCCCAUACACACAGAGGCGGUAAGCGGCAUUGUGGGAAGAGCAGACGUUCUAGCCGCUACAUUCUUCCUUUUGUCAUUUAUAACUUUUUCUAAGUGUACAACCAGUACUAAUAAUAAAUAUGGAACACUGCUGUACUUGUCCAGCCUGAUGUGUGCGGCAGCAGCUAUGUUAAGCAAGGAAACGGGAGUUACUGUGCUUGGUGUCUGUAUUAUAUAUGAUUCUAUUAGAACCCUGAACUCUCUCAGGAAAGAAUGGACAGACAAACUCUUUUCAAAUUUUCUUGCAAGGCUUGUUCUUACCAUAGUUUUUACUGUGCUGUUGCUUAGUUACCGGUUAUGGAUUAUGGAUGGAAGCUUGCCGACAUUUACAAAAGCUGAUAACCCGGCUUCAUAUAAUGACUCGAUAUCUAUCAGAUUUUACACAUAUGGCUUCUUGCUGGUUCUAAAUCUAUGGAUGCUCGUUGCUCCUAUCAACUUAUGUUACGACUGGCAACAUGGAAGCGUGCCAUUGGUUGAAAAUGUCACUGAUCCACGUAACCUAGCAACAUUCACUGUCAUAUUACUGGUUGUUUACUUGAUCUGUGUGUCCCUCUCAAAUUCUAUAAAGAAACACAAUCAUCUUUUGCUUAUGGCAUUAAUGUUGACAGCAAUUCCUUUCCUUCCGGCAUCUAACCUUUUCUUCCCGGUCGGAUUCGUCCUCGCAGAACGUGUUUUAUAUAUACCAAGCAUGGGGUUUUGUUUACUAGUAUCUGCCGGCUUCUUCCAACUAUUUGAUGCUAUGAAGUGUUAUAGAUCAUAUUUGACAACAUUCCUGAUGAUUCUGUUACUCAUGUUCUCACUGAAAACUUGGCAACAAAAUAAAGUAUGGCAGUCAAGAAAGACUCUGUUUAAAGCUGGUGUUGAAGCCCUUACGUACAAUGCAAAGACGCAUUAUAACUAUGGAAAUUACUUAAAAGACGGUCAUGAGUACGAGAAGGCAAGAUAUCACUAUCUAGAAGCCCUCAGAUUAGAUAACGAAUAUGCAAGUGCUCAUAAUAAUCUUGGGACACUACUGGACGAUAAAACAAAGGCUGAAGCACACUUCAGGGAGGCUAUCCGACUUCAGCCAUCUCAUCAAAGCGCCCAUAUCAACUUGGGAAAUCUUCUCUUCAAACGUGGUUUAAAGAACGAUGGAAUAAACUAUUUAUAUAAGGCUGUUGAGAUCGAAUACAGAAAUCCCGAGGCUCUGUCCUCACUCGGCGAAAGUCUCAUAGAGAUAGGAAACUUCACACAAGCCGAGGUAUAUCUUCAGACAGCAAUAGAAGUCAGCCCCGACUUUUUUGAGGCUUACACAAGAUAUGCAUAUCUUCUCAGUAAAACAAAUAGGCAUGAAGAGUCAGCGAUUUAUUAUAAAAAGGCAUACGAGUUAGAUUCAUCACAGAGUGCAGCACUUGUGAACGCUGCUCACGAGUACAAGAGUAUGGGCUUUACUACUGAUGCAGAAGUUUUGCUGAAAAGAGCACUUACUAUCAGAAGAGAUGUGAACACUCUUGAGCAGCUUGCAAUAUUGUAUUACACCGCUGGAAGGACUAUGGAAGCACUAGCUGUGUAUGACGAUAUCGAGAAAUUAAAUGAAAACUCCACAGAAACACUCGUUAGACAUGCAAAAGUUGUUGCAAAUAACGGAGACUUCAGGAAGGCUGAGGAUAUGAUGCAGAAAGCAUUGUUGAACAGUCCUGUCAGUGUGGAAUAUUUGACAACGUUCGCUCAUUUGAAAAGCAAAUUGAAGAAAUACGAACAGGCUAUUGAAUAUCUAUCAAAGGCUGUCGACUUAAUGAUACGGUCCGAUGAAGAAAGUGAUGAAGAUCUAGACCAGUUAUAUGUCGACAGAGGAAAUAAUUACAAAGAUAUGAAAAUGUUUUCAAAGGCAUUGCUGGAUUAUGAGGCUGCUCUAAGGAUAAAUCCUCGCCAUCCGACUGCUCAUGGAAACUGUGGUGCAAUAUAUCACAUGAAUGCUGUCAUGCAAGAACCAUUGGGGAGUAUAGAAAAAGCAAAAGAACAUUACACCAAGGCAUUAGAACUGAAUCCAGAUAGUGAAAUCAUCCGUGGAAAUAUAGCAAAACUAGGACGAUUGCAGUACCAGCGUGACACUGGUGUCGGUUGAAGAAAUUGCAUACACUGAAGGAGCUAAAUCAAAAAUCAAAACACGCCAAAACAAGCAUCGGCAUCCGGAUCGCAGUGAUGUCCAUAUGUUGUCAGAGACAUUAGCACUGUAAUGUGACAUAUACUCGUAGCUGAAUACGACUUUUAUCAUUAGUAUGUACUUAUAUGAGUAGUUGCAAUGAUAACUGCAAUGUAUGCUACGUAUGAAGUAUUAGUUACGGAAACCCGUAAGUAGAAGCAUAAAGUUAUAAUAAUGGCAGAUAUAUGUUGUUAGUGUUAUGAAUAAUAAAAUAGAUUAUGAGAGCGAAA